GUGGGACGGCCCGAGCCUUCCGUGUACCGCCGCAUCUGCCGCCUGUACCUCGCUACUGCUGCACUCUGGAGCCGUACUGCCGGCGUUAGCUGCGCGAGGGGAAAGGAGGGACAGACUAAGCGUGCGUGCGCGCGGUGGGGUCCCCGCAAUUCCAGCAGUUCCCCUCGCGCCAGGUGGGCGGCGAGGGUCAGCUGCAGUCGGGGGAGGCCCUAGACGGCGCCAUGUCGGCAGGCGGCCCAUGCCCGGCAGGAGCCGGAGGGGGCCCAGGGGGCGCCUCCUGUGCCGUGGGGGUCUCCCCCGGCGGGGUGUCCAUGUUCCGGUGGCUGGAGGUGCUGGAGAAGGAGUUCGACAAGGCCUUCGUGGAUGUAGAUCUGCUCCUAGGCGAGAUCGAUCCGGACCAGGCGGACAUCACUUAUGAGGGACGACAGAAGAUGACCAGUCUGAGCUCCUGCUUUGCACAGCUUUGCCAUAAAGCCCAGACUGUGUCCCAGAUCAACCAUAAGCUAGAGGCACAGUUGGUGGAUCUGAAAUCUGAACUGACAGAGACCCAAGCGGAGAAAGUUGUAUUGGAGAAAGAAGUGCAUGAUCAGCUUUUACAGUUGCACUCUAUUCAGCUCCAGCUUCAUGCCAAAACUGGCCAAAGUGUUGACUCUGGUACCAUUAAGGCAAAAUUGUCUGUCCCUUCUGUGGAGGAGCUGGAAAGAGAGCUGGAAGCAAACAAAAAAGAAAAACUGAAAGAAGCUCAACUUGAAGCCGAAGUGAAAUUGUUAAGAAAAGAGAAUGAGGCCCUUCGCAGACAUAUAGCUGUUCUCCAGGCUGAAGUUUAUGGGGCAAGGCUGGCUGCCAAGUACCUGGAUAAGGAACUGGCAGGAAGGGUCCAGCAAAUACAAUUACUAGGACGCGAUAUGAAGGGACCUGCUCAUGAUAAGCUUUGGAACCAGUUAGAAGCUGAAAUACACUUGCACCGUCACAAGACUGUGAUCAGAGCCUGCAGAGGACGCAAUGACUUGAAGCGACCAAUGCAAGCCCCACCAGGCCACUUACUUUGGCAUAGUGAAGAGGAUAUAUUGGAAGAGGGCCAGAUUGGAGUCGAGGAGGAUCAAGAUUCCUUAAAGAAAAGCCAAGGGGUUGGUCCAAUUAGGAAAGUUCUCCUCCUUAAGGAAGAUCACGAAGGCCUUGGCAUUUCAAUUACAGGUGGGAAAGAACAUGGUGUUCCGAUCCUCAUCUCUGAGAUUCAUCCCGGGCAACCUGCUGAUCGAUGCGGAGGGCUGCAUGUUGGGGAUGCUAUUUUGGCAGUCAAUGGAGUUAACCUAAGGGACACAAAACACAAAGAAGCUGUAACCAUUCUUUCCCAGCAGAGAGGAGAGAUUGAAUUUGAAGUAGUUUAUGUGGCUCCUGAAGUGGAUUCUGAUGAUGAAAACGUGGAGUAUGAAGAUGAGAGUGGACAUCGUUACCGUCUGUACCUUGAUGAGUUAGAAGGGGGCAGUAAUCCUGGUGCUAGUUGCAAAGAUACAAGUGGGGAAAUCAAAGUGUUACAAGGAUUUAAUAAGAAGGCAGUAACUGAUGCACAUGAAAAUGGAGACCUGGGAACUUCGAGUGAAAAUCCUCUAGAUGAUAGUGCUUCGAAAUUAGAUGAUCUGCACAGUCUGUAUCAUAAAAAAUCCUAUUAAAUUGACUGUAUCUCCAGACGAGAUUGGUAAUCAGACUAUUCUGAAUUUGGGGCACUAAGGCAGAUGGUGACAAAGAUGAUACAAGAUCAAGGGAGGCUGGUUUUUGCCUAAAUGAAAGGAGGGUACCUCAGGGCUUCAUGUGAACAAUUCUAAAUGCGAACCCCUCCCCCCUGUUUUCUGUGAUAUACCAUAAUUAGCUAUUGCAUGUAAAGCAAUUUUGAUUUUCUUAAAAUUGUAAGCACCAAAGCAUGUGUUUCCCAAAGGGGUAUGACUAGGCUAUUAAGCACCAAAUGGAACACUACUGUUUUAUUUGGCACGUUUUCCAUUGUAGGACAGUGCUAACUGGAAUUUUAUAAGAAAUAACCUUUAAAUACAGAGAGUAAGUGAAUUCCUGUUAUAUAUUUCUGAAUGUUAACUGUGGUGUUUCAGAGGACAGAACUUUACUCAGUGAAUUGCAGAAAUGUAGGCAUAUUUUUUUCCCCCCACUGGAAGAACAGUUGUAGGCUUGUUUAAAAAAACUUCAUUGUGCAUCCUGAUACCUAAAUUAAUUCUUAAUGAUCAUUUGUUGAAAUGAGUUUGCCUUUCCACUUUAUUCAAUGCAAUCCAAAAUAGUUUUCUUUAAGCAAUCUUUUAUCAAUCAGUGCUGCACUAGAAAUAGUUUCUGAAAAGUUACUGUACAUUUAACUUUUUGGUUUUUGAAAGAAAUAGAGAAGGGGUAAAAAUAUCUGUUCUCAAUUAUGUUGAUCCGUGCAUGGUGUGGGAGCUUUUACCCAUUAAUGUUUAGUCUCAAGUGCUUAUUUUCUGGGAUCCAUGAAGGUCUUACACAUUGUGAGUUGUAAAGUUUGUCUUGUGAUAGUACUGGCACUUAAAGAUAAAUUUUGCUGAAAGUAAAAGCUCAAAUUUAUUACUAUGUCAUAAAAUACAUUGCAUUCAAACAGUGGUUUUCUCUCUUAGUAGCUAAUUCACCCAUCUAAAAAGCUGGGGGCAAAGGUGGGCAACAUGAGGUGAAGGCGUUUUGAUGUGGUACUUGUUUGGUUGGGUUUUCAUGUCAGUGUAUGUUUGACUAAAGUACUUUUCAUAUGCAAACUAUGAAUUUGCUAAUUCUCUUACCCCAGGAGUAAGCAUAGAGUGCCUCCUCUCUUUUUCACUGUUCUGCAGGCCCUUAUCCCCUGCUGGGCAAAGUCAAAACCUUGCAUUUCAAGAGGUGAUAGUUUUGCUAAUAUCACUGUCUUAAAGGAUAUAUAUGGAAGGGACUAGUAAGUGGGAGAAAGCCUACUAGGCUUUUAGAAUAUUACCAGUAUCUUCAUUUGUAGCGUACAGAUGUUCUAUGAUAAAACACGUUUUCUUGUCUUUCCCAGAUGCACUAUAUAUUUGUUGAAAGGUAAAAUCUAUAAUAUGUAUAUACUUUAUUUUGUGAUUUGCUAUUUAUAAAUGUAAUGUCUUAACUGUUGCUCAUUUAUGGUUUGUUUUGGGUGGGUUUGUUCAUCUGUAUAUCACCUUGUUAAUUUGUGAUAGAAGCACACUUCUUAGUGUAUAUUGGUACUGAUAUUAAAAUACAUUGUAACAUAACGUUGCCUCUAAGCAAAAGCUAGUAUUUAAUUGUACAAAUGAUAAGCAAGGUACAUGUGAUUGUUUGCUCUUGACAGGGUGGGCCUCUUAAAAGAAAAAAUUGUUCCGUAUGCAUUCGCCCAUGCCAAGCACAUACGAGGGCUGUCCAGAAUGUAUCCAGCCACACGUGUCUCUGUUUUUCUUCCUACAUGUCUGGGUACUUUCCGGACAGCCCUUCAAUACCCCAUGCAUGACACGAGAUUUGCAAACUGGAUUUUAGCCACUGGAUUUGUUUAGUCAAAAAAAUUUCCAUAGUAGCAGGUCUGAAAAUUUCUUUGCUUUGACAUAAAACUAUAUUCUUCUUCUUAAAACACAGCCUGGCAUGGAAUGACCAUGACAUUUUUUUUCAGAGAUUAUCCUUUAUCUACUAUGAUUGAAUCCUUAGAAAAUGUAAGCUACUGCUAUAACAUUUUGAUUUUUAAGAACUACCUAAUAAAUGUAUAAAAAAGGGUUUUUUAGAACCUUGAAUUGAAAUUUUGUGAGGUUGCUAUGUUAUUUGAGGGGUUGUAUGAGAUGGUUACUCUCAAGGGCUGAUAAAUAGAAUGAAAAGUGUUCCGAGUAGUUUAAAAUUCUGCAGGUCACCUUCCUUUUCAGUCUUGCAUCACCUGCAAGCCUACAGGAGACACUGUUGCUCAGAGGCUACUGUGAGUUUCCCGUUAGGUGUUGUAAAAGGAACUUUUAAACUAGGUACUUUCUAACGCCUAACUAAGGCGUUAGAGGAUGAACUAAAAAUUACAGACUUUGGGGAUGAACUAAGAAUUAUGACUUUUUCCAAAGGACUAAGAACAAACCAGUUUUAAUAUUUUCACAUUUACAGGAAAGAAACUAACACUAAAGCUUCUAGAAUAAAGCCAAACAGAUAAGGAGAAAACUGUUGUAAAACCAUUCCAAUGAAAAAAGGAAAGACAAAUACACCCAUGCAUACAGAAACACAACAGUUGAGAAAAUAUUUUAAUGGGACAUGAGGGGGGUGUGUGUAUGUGUGUGUGUGUAUUUACACUUAACUUCUAACAUUCUCUUCUGAGGUGUCUGUUAUCAAUGUGAUAGAAAAGAAACAUUGGGGUUGAGGGACUGUUGUUAAAAGAGGUGUAAGAAAGAUGAAACUUCUGUGAGUCUUGGAAAUCAUAAUGGAACAGUCAUCAGAAAUUAGCACAUUUUGUCUAUGGUGCUGGUUUUUCCUCACCACAGUGAAUUUAUUUUGUUUUUGUGUUUAGAAAAAGAUAUACUGGUUCAUGUGUGAAUUGUACAUUAUUGGACAUCCUUUUUAUGUAGUAUGUUAUUCCCACCUAUUCAGUCUUCCUGUUAUGGUCAGCUUCAAAUCUACAGCAUUUAUGACAAAUGUAUUAUAUCUAGUUACGUUGAGUUUAAUAUUUUUUAUUAGCCUGUAAAUAAAUAAAGAUGGCAUCGUCCACGUUAAAA